CCUAUCCAAAAUACAGUAGAACCAAAUCCAAAUGGCUUUUCCUCUGCAAUUGCACUCAUCGUCUCUACCAAUCCGGCACGAAACUCGUCUGUGUUUCUUACCAAAUCCGAUAAAAGCAUCGUUGUCGGAAAACACACCGCAAUUCCGGAAGCUGUUGCCUCAACUGGUUACUUCUGUUCCGGCCAAGUCUCUCAAUUUCUUCCUCUCCGGCACCCUCGCUCUUGCUUUCUCCUUCACCGGAGUGGGAUUUGCCGAGGGAUUAGUUGGUGUGAAUAAGCCAGAAUUGCUACCCAAACAGUUCACUACUGUAAUUGAUGUUGCUGGAUUCCUCUCCGAUGGCCAGGAAAGAAGAAUUGCUCAGGAAAUCGAUGCCCUGGAAAAAGAUACCGGAUAUAAGUUGAGACUUCUGGCCCAGAAUUAUCCCGAUACACCUGGCUUAGCAAUCAAAGAUUUCUGGAAAGUCGAUGACAACACGAUUGUAUUUGUUGCUGAUCCCACAUUCGGAAAUAUAUUGAACUUCAACGUUGGGGCGUCGGUGGAUCUGGACAUACCACGUAGCUUUUGGAGCCGAUUAGCUGGGAAAUAUGGAAACAUAUUUUACUGGAAAGAAAAGGGAGAAGAUGCAUCUGUAGAAGCUGCUGUGAUGGCCAUAUCGACUUGCUUAAGAGAACCGGUCAGUGCAAAUAAUUGCUCAGAGGUAAAAUGAAAUUCUCCGUACUGAAUAAUUCGGUUCUUUCAUCUGUUGUAAGAAAAGAAAAAUAAAAGGAGAUUGUACUACGGUAUAUUAUAGAGGCGUGAUAUCGAUUAUCGAGGCUUGUAUUCGAAGUGCAAAACUACUUUAGGUCACUUGACUGUUGCCCAACUAUAUGACUUUAGUUUGCACUCAA